UGGGGGUCAGGCUCAUGUUCCUGGAGUGCUCUGAGCAGCUUGGCUAAUCUGGCAGCAUAGUAUGUUCUUGUGGUUAAAUAUAGACAUACAGGCACUCUGCAAGUUGUAGGUCACUGUCUUACCGAGCAGCUAAAAAUUGUCCCAUUGGCAUGAACAGUCUGCCCAGGACGGAAGGCCUGUUUUAGUUUGUCUUCUACUGUAGGUCUUUAGCACCUGACUAAAAAUACACCUUGGGCCAGAAAUAAAGGAGACCCACCUGGUGGCCGAGACACUUAUGGUGGCAGAGAGCAGCGGGAUCAUGGACUCGGUCACUCUCUUUUUCUGCUUCGGAACAUAGUCUGUGCAAACGGUUCCCGACUGUGAGUUUGGGUUCCUUUUCAGGCUCAUGGAGAUUACAACAGCUUGUUGGAGACGAUCCUCUGUGAUCAGCUUCAUAAAAGGGCUUGCUUCUCCAGUUGGCAACGGUUAUAUCAAGCCUCCAGUUCCACCUGUUUCUGGUACACAAAAGGAGAAAGGGCCCCCAACCAUGUUACCCGUCAAUGUGGACCCAGACAGCAAACCUGGGGAAUAUGUCCUCAAGAGUUUAUUUGUCAACUUCACCACCCAGGCUGAGCGCAAGAUUCGCAUCAUUAUGGCAGAACCCCUGGAAAAGCCAUUGACAAAAUCGCUACAACGUGGAGAAGACCCCCAGUUUGAUCAAGUCAUCAGUUCAAUGAGCUCCCUUUCUGAAUAUUGCCUGCCUUCCAUUCUACGUACAUUAUUUGACUGGUAUAAAAGGCAAAAUGGCAUUGAGGAUGAAUCACAUGAGUACAGACCAAGAACCAGCAAUAAAUCCAAAAGUGAUGAACAGCAGCGAGAUUACUUAAUGGAAAGACGGGACCUUGCCAUUGAUUUUAUUUUUUCUUUAGUAUUAAUAGAAGUUUUGAAACAGAUUCCACUUCAUCCAGUAAUAGACAGUUUAAUACAUGAUGUUAUUAACUUGGCUUUCAAGCACUUUAAAUACAAAGAAGGGUACCUUGGUCCUAACACUGGCAAUAUGCACAUUGUGGCAGACCUGUAUGCAGAAGUCAUUGGUGUAUUGGCACAAGCUAAAUUCCCUGCUGUAAAGAAGAAAUUUAUGGCAGAGCUCAAAGAAUUACGGCACAAAGAGCAGAGCCCAUAUAUCGUUCAAAGCAUCAUCAGCUUGAUAAUGGGGAUGAAGUUCUUUCGAAUUAAGAUGUAUCCAGUGGAGGACUUUGAGGCCUCUCUUCAGUUUAUGCAGGAAUGUGCACAUUACUUUCUCGAGGUCAAAGACAAAGAUAUCAAACAUGCCUUGGCUGGGCUGUUUGUUGAAAUUCUUGUCCCAGUGGCUGCUGCUGUUAAAAAUGAAGUUAAUGUUCCCUGCCUCAGAAACUUCGUUGAAAGCCUGUAUGAUACCACGCUGGAACUUUCUUCUCGAAAGAAGCAUUCCUUGGCCUUGUACCCACUGGUGACCUGUCUGCUCUGCGUCAGCCAGAAGCAGCUGUUCCUCAACAGGUGGCACGUUUUCCUCAACAACUGCUUAUCCAACCUUAAAAAUAAAGACCCCAAGAUGGCUCGAGUUGCACUGGAAUCUCUGUACAGAUUACUUUGGGUUUACAUGAUCCGAAUUAAAUGUGAAAGCAACACGGCUACUCAGAGCCGUCUUAUAACCAUCAUCACAACACUUUUCCCCAAAGGGUCCCGUGGUGUGGUGCCAAGGGAUAUGCCUCUCAACAUCUUUGUGAAAAUCAUCCAGUUCAUCGCCCAGGAACGUUUAGAUUUUGCAAUGAAAGAAAUAAUUUUUGAUUUCCUUUGUGUGGGAAAACCAGCAAAAGCUUUCAGUCUCAAUCCAGAGAGAAUGAAUAUUGGCUUAAGGGCGUUCUUGGUCAUAGCUGAUAGCUUGCAGCAGAAAGAUGGAGAACCUCCCAUGCCAGUUACCGGGGCUGUUCUCCCUUCAGGAAACACACUGAGGGUGAAGAAAACAUAUCUGAGUAAGACACUAACUGAAGAGGAAGCCAAAAUGAUAGGCAUGUCAUUAUAUUACUCUCAAGUACGAAAAGCUGUGGACAACAUUUUAAGGCACCUUGAUAAAGAAGUAGGAAGGUGUAUGAUGCUGACUAAUGUCCAGAUGUUAAACAAAGAACCUGAAGACAUGAUCACGGGUGAGAGAAAGCCAAAAAUAGAUCUUUUCAGGACCUGUGUUGCUGCUAUUCCUCGACUGCUUCCUGAUGGGAUGUCAAAACUUGAACUUAUUGACCUGCUGGCGAGGCUCUCUAUUCAUAUGGAUGAUGAACUGCGACAUAUUGCCCAAAAUUCUCUUCAGGGUUUACUUGUUGACUUCUCAGACUGGAGGGAAGAUGUCCUAUUUGGCUUUACCAACUUCCUCCUUCGGGAAGUAAAUGACAUGCAUCACACACUCCUUGAUUCAUCCCUCAAGCUCCUGCUCCAGCUGCUCACCCAGUGGAAACUGGUCAUACAAACACAAGGAAAAGUCUACGAACAGGCUAACAAAAUCAGAAAUGCAGAGCUAAUUGCCAAUGGCUCCAGCCAUCGAAUCCAGUCGGAGCGAGGUCCCCACUGCAGUGUACUCCAUGCUGUGGAAGGUUUUGCCCUGGUUUUACUCUGCAGUUUCCAGGUGGCCACACGCAAACUGUCUGUUUUAAUACUCAAGGAAAUUCGAGCUUUAUUUGUCGCUCUGGGUCAGCCUGAGGACGAUGACAGACCUAUGAUUGAUGUCAUGGAUCAGCUAAGUUCUUCCAUCCUCGAAAGUUUUAUUCAUGUAGCAGUUUCGGAUUCAGCCAGCUUACCCUUGACCCACAGCGUGGACCUGCAGUGGCUGGUGGAGUGGAACGCCGUCCUGGUCAACAGCCAUUACGACGUGAAGAGCCCUUCCCACGUCUGGAUUUUCGCCCAGUCUGUCAAGGACCCCUGGGUGCUCUGCCUCUUCAGCUUCCUCCGGCAGGAGAACCUGCCCAAGCACUGCCCCACCGCCCUCAGCUACGCCUGGCCCUACGCCUUCACGCGGCUGCAGUCCGUGAUGCCCCUGGUGGACCCGAAUAGCCCAAUUAACGCCAAGAAAACCAGCACAGCCGGCAGCGGAGACAACUACGUUACGUUGUGGAGAAAUUAUCUUAUUCUUUGUUUUGGAGUUGCAAAACCCAGUAUUAUGAGCCCAGGACACUUACGAGCUUCCACUCCAGAAAUAAUGGCCACGACACCUGAUGGUACAGUGAGCUACGAUAACAAGGCCAUAGGCACCCCGUCGGUGGGCGUUCUGUUAAAGCAGUUGGUGCCUUUGAUGAGACUUGAGGGCAUUGAGAUCACAGAGUCCUUAGUUUUAGGAUUUGGAAGGACAAAUUCCCUUGUCUUCAGAGAAUUGGUAGAAGAACUUCAUCCAUUAAUGAAAGAGGCUUUGGAACGAAGACCCGAGAACAAAAAACGCCGAGAACGGCGAGACUUGUUAAGGCUACAACUGCUUCGAAUUUUUGAACUUCUGGCUGAUGCUGGUGUCAUAAGUGACAGCACAAAUGGAGCCUUAGAACGGGACACUUUAGCCCUUGGAGCUUUGUUCUUAGAAUACGUGGACCUGACCCGCAUGCUCUUAGAAGCUGAAAAUGAUAAAGAAGUAGAAAUUCUUAAAGAUAUCAGGGCACAUUUUAGUGCCAUGGUUGCCAACUUGAUUCAGCGUGUUCCAGUUCACCACCGAAGAUUUCUCUUCCCCCAGCAAAGCCUGAGGCAUCAUCUUUUCAUCUUAUUUAGCCAGUGGGCAGGACCCUUCAGCAUUAUGUUCACUCCCCUGGAUCGUUACAGUGACAGAAAUCAUCAGAUUACAAGAUACCAGUAUUGUGCAUUAAAGGCAAUGUCAGCAGUGUUGUGUUGUGGCCCAGUAUUUGACAACGUGGGGCUUUCCCCAGAUGGCUACCUAUACAAGUGGCUUGACAACAUUCUGGCUUGUCAAGAUUUACGAGUGCAUCAACUUGGCUGUGAGGUUGUCGUCUUGCUACUGGAACUAAAUCCUGACCAAAUAAAUCUUUUCAAUUGGGCGAUUGACCGAUGCUACACUGGUUCCUACCAACUUGCGUCUGGUUGCUUCAAAGCCAUAGCUACUGUGUGUGGAAGCAGGAACUAUCCCUUUGACAUAGUGACGCUGUUAAACCUUGUUCUGUUCAAGGCCUCUGACACCAACAGAGAGAUUUAUGAAAUCUCCAUGCAGCUCAUGCAGAUCCUUGAAGCAAAGCUUUUUGUGUACUCGAAGAAAGUAGCCGAACAAAGGCCUGGCAGUAUUCUGUAUGGGACGCACGGCCCAUUGCCACCGCUCUACAGCGUGUCCCUGGCCUUCUUGUCGUGCGAACUGGCCAGGAUGUACCCCGAGCUCACACUUCCUCUCUUCUCAGAGGUCAGCCAGCGCUUCCCCACCACGCAUCCCAACGGGCGUCAGAUCAUGCUCACCUACCUGCUGCCCUGGCUGCACAACAUCGAGCUGGUGGACAGCAGGCUGCUCCUCCCGGGCUCCAGCCCCAGCAGCCCCGAGGACGACGCCAAGGACCGCGAGGGGGAGGCGGCGGCUUCUCAGGGGCUGAAGGGCAGUGGCUGGGGCUCCCCGGAGGCGACGUCGCUGGUGCUGAACAACCUCAUGUACAUGACGGCCAAGUACGGGGAUGAAGUUCCCGGACCGGAAAUGGAAAAUGCCUGGAAUGCGUUAGCCAACAAUGAGAAGUGGAGCAACAACCUGCGGAUCACCUUGCAGUUCCUGAUCAGCCUGUGCGGGGUCAGCAGCGACACGCUCCUCCUGCCCUAUAUCAAGAAGGUGGCCGUCUACCUGUGCCGGAACAACACCAUUCAGACCAUGGAGGAGCUGCUCUUCGAGCUGCAGCAGACGGAGCCGGUGAACCCCAUCGUCCAGCACUGCGACAACCCGCCCUUCUACCGCUUCACAGCCAGCAGCAAGGCCUCGGCGGCGGCCUCCGGAACUACCUCCAGCAGCAACACAGUGGUUGCCGGCCAGGACAGUUUCCCAGACGCUGAGGAGAGCAAGAUACUAAAAGAAUCUGAUGAGAGGUUUAGUAACGUCAUCAGAGCCCAUACGCGUCUGGAGUCAAGAUACAGCAACAGCUCAGGAGGCUCAUACGAUGAGGAUAAAAAUGACCCAAUUUCUCCCUACACCGGCUGGCUUCUGACUAUCACAGAGACCAAACAGCCGCAGCCCCUACCCAUGCCUUGCACGGGGGGGUGCUGGGCCCCCCUGGUGGACUACCUCCCAGAGACCAUCACCCCCCGGGGGCCACUCCACAGGUGCAAUGUCGCUGUCAUCUUUAUGACUGAGAUGGUGGUGGACCACAGUGUCAGAGAAGACUGGGCUCUUCAUCUCCCGCUGCUGCUCCAUGCUGUCUUCUUAGGUUUGGACCAUUACCGGCCAGAAGUCUUUGAACACAGCAAAAAAUUGCUUCUUCACCUCCUGAUUGCCCUCUCUUGCAACAGCAAUUUCCAUGCCAUUGCCUCUGUGCUCCUACAGACUCGGGAGAUGGGCGAAGCCAAGACUCUCACAAUUCAGCCAGCUUAUCAGCCUGAGUAUCUCUAUACAGGUGGCUUCGACUUCCUGAGAGAGGACCAGUCGUCCCCGGUGCCAGACUCAGGGCUCAGCUCCAGCUCCACCUCGUCCAGCAUCAGUCUGGGAGGCAGCAGUGGGAACCUCCCACAGAUGACCCAGGAGGUAGAAGAUGUGGAUGCGGCUGCCGACGCCGAUGAGAAGGCAAACAAGCUCAUUGAGUUUCUGACGACCAGGGCAUUUGGUCCGCUUUGGUGCCAUGAGGACAUCACACCCAAAAAUCAGAAUUCAAAGAGUGCUGAACAACUCACCAAUUUUCUACGUCAUGUUGUAUCUGUGUUCAGAGAUUCCAAAUCAGGUUUCCACCUGGAGCAGCACCUGAGUGAAGUGGCGCUGCAGACGGCCCUCGCCAGCUCUUCCCGGCACUAUGCCGGCCGGUCCUUCCAGAUAUUCCGGGCCCUCAAACAACCUCUGUCAGCACACGCCUUGUCGGACCUCCUCUCCCGGCUGGUGGAGGUGAUUGGCGAACACGGAGAUGAGAUUCAGGGUUAUGUCAUGGAAGCCCUUCUUACCCUGGAAGCUGCCGUGGACAACUUGUCUGACUGCUUGAAGAACACUGAUCUCUUAACUGUACUAUCUCGCUCUUCAUCGCCAGACUUAAGCUCUAACACUAAACUGACAGCAAGCCGAAAGAGCACGGGACAGCUCAAUGUGAACCCCGGGGCGGCUAGCGGCAACACCGCAACUGCGGAACGCAGCCGGCAUCAAAGGAGCUUCUCUGUGCCCAAGAAGUUCGGUGUUGUCGACCGGUCCUCAGACCCACCUCGGAGUGCCACCCUGGACAGAAUUCAGGCCUGUACCCAACAAGGCCUGUCCUCGAAAACCAGAAGCUCAUCCUCCUUGAAGGACAGCCUCACGGACCCAUCACACAUAAACCAUCCAACCAACCUGUUGGCCACCAUCUUUUGGGUCACGGUGGCUUUGAUGGAAUCUGAUUUUGAGUUUGAGUACCUAAUGGCCCUGAGGCUGUUGAACAGACUGCUGGCUCACAUGCCGCUCGAUAAAGCGGAGAACCGAGAAAAACUAGAGAAACUCCAGGCGCAGCUCAAGUGGGCAGACUUUUCAGGGUUGCAGCAGCUGCUGUUGAAGGGGUUCACCUCCCUCACUACCACCGACCUUACCUUGCAGCUGUUCAGUUUGCUGACACCAGUGUCCAAAGUAGCCAUGGUGGACUCAUCUCAAGCCAUCGGGUUUCCACUGAAUGUCUUGUGUCUUCUGCCCCAGCUGAUACAGCAUUUUGAAAACCCCAACCAGUUCUGUAAGGAUGUAGCUGAGAGAAUCGCUCAGGUUUGUUUGGAAGAGAAGAACCCCAAACUUUCCAAUCUUGCACACGUCAUGACUCUUUAUAAAACACACAGCUACACGAGGGACUGUGCCACGUGGGUCAAUGUGGUCUGCCGGUACCUUCAUGAAGCCUAUGCUGACAUCACCUUGAAUAUGGUUACCUACCUGGCAGAGCUGCUGGAGAAGGGCCUCCCCGGCAUGCAGCAGCCCCUCCUGCAGGUGAUCUACAGUCUGCUCAGCUACAUGGACCUUUCUGCCGUUCCGGUAAAGCAGUUCAACGUGGAAGUUCUGAAGACCAUUGAAAAAUACGUGCAAAGCAUUCACUGGAGAGAAGCUCUGAAUAUCUUGAAGCUGGUGGUUUCUCGAUCUGCCAGCCUAGUUUUGCCUUCCUACCAACACAGUGACCUCUCAAAGAUAGAAAUACAUCGAGUAUGGACGAGCGCAUCCAAGGAAUUACCUGGAAAAACCCUAGACUUCCACUUUGAUAUUUCAGAGACGCCCAUCAUCGGGAGGCGGUAUGAUGAACUGCAGAACUCCUCUGGGCGUGACGGGAAGCCCAGGGCCAUGGCUGUCACCCGGAGCGCAUCCUCCACCUCCUCAGGCUCCAACUCCAACGUCCUUGUCCCUGUCAGCUGGAAAAGGCCCCAGUAUUCCCAGAAGAGGACCAAAGAGAAGUUGGUGCACGUCCUUUCUCUGUGUGGCCAAGAAGUAGGAUUAAGCAAGAAUCCAUCAGUGAUCUUCUCGUCGUGCGGGGACCUGGACCUGCUGGAGCAUCAGACGAGCCUGGUGUCGUCUGAGGACGGGGCCCGGGAGCAGGAGAACAUGGAUGACACCAACAGCGAGCAGCAGUUCCGGGUCUUCAGAGACUUCGACUUCCUAGACGUGGAGCUGGAGGAUGGAGAGGAACUUCAGGGCGAGAGUAUGGACAACUUCAACUGGGGAGUCCGCAGGCGUUCUUUGGACAGUCUGGACAAGUGUGACCUGCAGCUGCUGGAGGAGCGCCAGCUCUCAGGAAGCUCUCCUAGCCUCAAUAAAAUGAACCACGAGGAUUCUGACGAGUCCUCUGAGGAGGAGGACCUCACCGCCAGCCAGAUCCUGGAGCACUCUGACCUCAUCAUGAAUCUCUCUCCUUCGGAGGAGACUAACCCCAUGGAAUCACUCACAACCGCCUGUGAUCUGACCCCUGCUGACCCUCACUCCUUUAACACCAGGAUGGCUAGCUUUGAUGCUGCUCUGCCUGAUAUGAAUAAUCUUCAGAUUUCUGAGGGUUCAAAGGCCGAUGCUGUCCAGGAAGAGGAGGACGCCACUGUGCAGGAGGAUGACCUUUCCAGCUCCAUCAACGAACUCCCGGCCACUUUCGAAUGCAGCGACAGCUUUAGCCUGGAUAUGACUGAGGCAGAAGAAAAAGGCAACCGAGCGCUGGACCAGUUCACUCUUGCCAGCUUUGGGGAAGGUGAGAGGGGAGUGUCGCCCCCUCCCUCGCCCUUCUUCUCGGCCAUCCUUGCCGCCUUUCAGCCCACGGCCUGUGACGACGCCGAGGAGGCCUGGCGCAGCCACAUCAACCAGCUCAUGUGUGACUCGGACGGCUCCUGUGCUGUGUACACGUUCCACGUCUUCUCCUCCCUGUUUAAGAAUAUUCAGAAAAGGUUCUGCUUCCUAACCUGUGACGCAGCCAGUUACCUUGGCGAUAACCUUCGGGGCAUCGGAUCCAAGUUUGUCAGCUCUUCCCAGAUGCUUACCUCCUGCUCUGAGUGCCCCACGCUCUUUGUGGACGCCGAGACCCUCCUUUCUUGUGGACUUCUGGACAAGCUCAAGUUCAGUGUUUUAGAACUGCAAGAAUAUUUGGAUACCUACAACAACAGGAAAGAGGCCACUCUCUCAUGGCUUGCAAAUUGUAAGGCGACAUUUGCAGGAGGAUCAAGAGAUGGAGUAAUUACCUGUCAACCAGGGGACUCAGAGGAAAAGCAAAUGGAAUCUCUUGCACAAUUGGAACUGUGUCAGAGGUUGUAUAAGCUACACUUCCAGCUGCUGCUGCUUUUUCAGUCCUACUGUAAGCUCAUCGGCCAGGUGCACGAAGUCAGCUCCAUGCCAGAGCUGCUAAAUAUGUCCAGGGAACUGAGUGACCUAAAGAAAAACCUGAAGGAAGCCACUGCAGCCAUUGCAGCUGACCCUCUUUACGUCGAGGGGGCAUGGUCCGAGCCAACCUUCGCAUCCACUGAGGCAGCCAUCCAGUCCAUGCUUGAGUGCUUGAAGAACAACGAACUUGGCAAGGCUUUACGGCAAAUAAGGGAAUGCAGAAGUCUGUGGCCCAAUGACAUCUUUGGAAGCAGUUCUGACGACGAGGUCCAGACACUACUGAAUAUUUAUUUCCGUCAUCAAACUCUGGGACAGACGGGCACUUACGCGUUGGUGGGGUCUAACCAGAGCCUGACUGAGAUCUGCACCAAGCUGAUGGAGUUGAACAUGGAGAUCCGGGACAUGAUCCGCAGGGCCCAGAGCUACCGGGUCCUCACUGCCUUUCUUCCAGAUUCCAGCGUUUCCGGCACUAGUCUCUGACAGGAGCCUCCCAUCCCCCAUGGGUGCCAAGCUGGGGGUGCUGCCGUGCUGGGGUGACGUCAUUCAGUGUCUUCUCAGCCUUCAAAAGGCUUGGUCAGACUGUUCUCCCUCUUGUUACCUGUAGGACUUUUCAUAAAGAGGAUGGCAGAACUUCCCACAUGUAGCAAUACUCUAAGAACCAAGGUAGCAUAGGACAGUUUUGGAACAGCCUCCACCCAUCAUUCUGUGUGGCACAAACACGUUAUCCUUUUACUGAGCAAAUGCAACUCACUACUGAAGAUGUGACUUCCAUUGCAUACCAAAGCCAACUACUCUGAACAAUAUCUUCCUUUCUAGAAACAAUUUUAGAUUGGCAAAAGUGCAAUGUUUUCUUCACUAAAUAUUUUAUAUUCUAAAACUUGUACAUUCUUUUUCCUUUUUUUUUUUUUUUGCUUUUGUUUUUUUUGUGUGUGUGUGAGGUGAGCUGAGGAAGGAGCAGGCAGAAUGAAGCUGGCCACUGAAAACUGUAAGACGGUCAAAAGCUGACAGCCUGUGUAUGUGAAAAGGGAAUUGUAAAUGGACAAUUUAAUGUACACUGAAAUUUGAAUACCAUUACUGUAUCUAAAAGGAGCUGCUAUGAAGUACCUUUCUUAUGUUGCUAGGCUACUGUCUCGGUAAGCCCUGGAUCUCUUUGCAGGGGUCUGUGAUUAAGACCCUUGCACCAAAAAUGGUCCAGAUAGACCUUUUUUGAAGGAUCUUGGCUGCUUUUUACUAGAAUGUUGCUUUUAUGAACAUAUUUAUACUACAAAAGGAUGAGUGUUAAUUUUAACCAACUUUGCCAUUUUGUAGAAAAAAGUUAAAGACAUCCACAUUAUAAAUUCCAAGUCUUUCCACCUGUUACGCAUGCAUAUUUUAAUAUCCACAUGGAUAGCCAGAAAUAGGACAUAAAGGUAAAAUAUGAGUUGUCACUUCGUUUCUUAAGAAAUGUCAUUUUAUUUGUAAUAUAUAUGUAAAGGGCCAUUCUUAAGUUUUCUCCUUAAAUUUAAUGCUGUCAAGUGUUAGCUGUGUGCAUGUAAACCUGUUGCACAUCAGAAACAUAUUCAAAGUUUAUCUAUGUAACUUAUUCACUCUGUAAAUACAUUUAAAGUUUUUGUGAUGUAA